AUGCUUUUUAGUUUUAUUUUACUUGAAACAGAAAUGUCAAAAAUUGUUUCAUCUCCACUCAUCAAUUUGGUUUUCAAAAGACAAAGACAAUGGAGAUCUUCCCAAUACUCUUUAUUCUGGGCUGCUCUCAAUGUUGUUACAGCUUUUGUGCUGUACAUGGACAUACGAUAUUUGACAAUUCAGCAGUAUUUUGAGGUUUCCUAUCCAGCACUAUGGUAUACAGAGGUGGCUUUCUUUUUGCUGUUCUGCUUCAAUUCUUUGGUUGACCUGACAUGUUGGGUAUGGCCAUAUAUUAUGACUGGACACAUUGAUCUUACCCCAACACAGAAAAAGCUGCUGGGAGUCAAAGAUACUGAUCCUGGUUUCAAAAUUUCUCCAGUGAAGCCUGCAGUCUCUACAUCACCCAUUCAGCUUUCUUUCAGCUGUAGUCCUGCCAGUCAAUCUCAUAGUUACCCAGGCAGCCAUACCCCACCUGGUGCAGGGUCAUCAAUGUAUUACACUCCAAGCACUGGAAACAAAAGUGGAAUCAGCCCUGGUUCUUCUCCCCUCUACCCCAGUACAGUGUCCAGUCCAGGAUCAACAAGCUUUCACACAUCUAUGCCAAAUGGAUCAUACAGUUAUCGAUAUGGCAGCAAUCAGUCUUCACCUUCUUACUUGUCAACAGAAAGUGCUAACCAAAGUCUGAAUGCCUCAAGUUAUUUGAAUGAUUCUACCCACUAUGAUUCUCCAAACAGAAGUGGAUUACGCUCAAGGCACAUAAUCUCAACUUUGAACACCUCUGGAAGUCCUUUUGAACAUAUAAAUGAUCGCAAAUCUCUCACUCAAUACCUGAGAGACGAGGAAGAAAAGGAGAACAGAAGUCAGUUAAGCUCUCCUGAAAAUCUUUCAAACAGCAGCACAUCAUUUUGGAAUUAUGGACGUACACUAAGUGACCACACCCACGUCUUGCGUAAAUACCAAUAUCAGAUCGCCACUCGAACACCUCAGUCAUCAACUACAACACGAGACACAAGCCAAGAAAGUUGCUCUUACAGUGCAAAUGAGGUUUGGAAUCGUUUGCAUGUCACUGAAUCUAAUCUUUACACAUGGACAGAACGUAUGCGAAAGUGGCUGGCUUUAACCAUUCUGGCUAAAUUGGCUGAGGAAAUUCCAAACAUCAAUAAAACUGUGAAAAGUAUUGGGAGUGAAGAUAGUUUAAUCGGGGAAGUCAGUAUAGCCACUUUAAAGCAAGUUGUACUUACCAAAGGCUCUAGAGUUCCCACACUGAAUUCAGUCAUUCCCUACUUAGACCUGACAUCAAAUCAAGAAUACUUAGUAAAGAGAAUAUCUGAUUUGGGUAAAGAUGGCUGCAUGAGUGAGUUUUCUUGGAACCGAGGUGGAUGUUAUGGAAAGGAAUGGGGUGAACACCUUCCAAAUGAUGCUUCACUAGUAAUGCAUUUAUUUAGUACUUACAUGGACUCUAGGUUGCCUGUGCAUCCCAAAUAUCCUGACCAGAGAACAUUUACGAGUCAGUAUGUAAUGAAAACUCCAAACAAGCCAGAUUUAAACAAAAAGGAUAAUUUAUAUAUUUACCAGACCAGUAUAAAUCCUCCUCACUUCCAGGUGAUUAUUGGUGAACAUGUUUGGAAUUUGCCAAAAGGAAGAAACAACAUGUUUCAAGCUUUAUUAAUGUUUCUGUAUCAUAUAAAAACAAAGGAGCAUGGAAUGUUGGGCCGAGUCAACUUAGGCUUGUCUGGUGUUAACAUUUUAUGGAUUCUGAACUGA